UGUAUGAUUGAUUAUGAAGAUAUUUGUGGAUAGAUCCAGAAAAUAGACUAUGCUUGCCCAUUUCUAUGGGGAUCUUUUAUGCUGGUUUAGUUUCGGUUUCGCAAUACACUCUUUGAAAUACUACAACCCCCGGUUAUGGCCCCGCCCGUGGUUACCAAUACUCUAUACUCAAGAACGCUUCAAUUCUUGAGAGAAUCAGUGGUUAUAGGCUAGUAUAGAACCUUGUCACACUAAAAGGGAAAUCCCGUCAAGCUAUGGGUAGGUAGCGGAACAUAUCCAUGACCUGUACAAGGGGCAACGCGUACGGAAUCCACAGAGCUUUCAUAGUUACAUGGCGUGGCUAGUUACCUACCCAGGUGCGUUCAAACCCAUGAUAUCAGCUAAGAGGUCCUACCCCUUUGAAUUCUUUCGCUGGAUACUUGUCCUCGUGCCGAAGACUACUUAAGAUCCAGUCAUCUUCCCUCGAAAACUCAUAAAUUCAACACCGAGCCCUGCAAGGAUCACCACUCAAACGAAAACACCACAGCUAUGACAUCUACCAAACCGCUCAUCGUGAUCAUCAGCGGCGGCUGGCACGUCCCCGCGAGCUACGACAAGCUCUCAAACGCGCUGCGAGCAGAAGGUUUCGAGGUGCAAGUCCCACGCCUCCCCUCAACCGGCCAAGAACGUCCACCCACCGCCGACUUAGCGGUCGAUACAUCGUUCAUCCGGGGUUAUUUCCAAGAGCUGGUAGACGCGGGGCGCACCGUGGUAGCUCUCAUGCAUUCCUACGGCGGACAUCUCGGGACCAACGCGCUGUACGGGCUAGGUGUCGCCGCGCGUUCGGCCAAGGGUCUGCAAGGCGGCGUCUCGCAUCUUAUUUACAUGGCCGCGCAUGCAGUUGUCGAGGGGGAGGCAAUGAUGGAUACUAUAGAGCGCUUCGGACACGCGCACCUAGCGCCUCUAGCCAUGGAUUGGGACGACGAUGGGUCAUGCGUGCAUCGCGAUCCCAAGACGUAUCUCGUGGGACCGGGCGAUUACAGCGACGCGGAGGUUGAGGAGUACCUUGGUACUUUGGUGCGUUUCAACGGGAAGAACAUAUACGACAAGUCCGAGCACUGCGCGUGGCGCGAGGGGAUACCCAUUAUCUAUAUCCACACCACCAAUGACAUGACGGUGGCUUAUGACUACCAGAAGUACUUUGUGGAGGAGAUGAAGAAGGCGGGUCAGACGGUGCAGACGUUUGUGCUAGAGACGGGGCAUUGCCCAAACUUUACGGCCACGCAAGGGGUUGUGAACGCAGUUAAGCAAGUCCUCUCUUGAUGAGGGUGGCGGAAACUCCUACACUUCUUCAAGAGAAGCUUCAUAGACGAUUCAUGAGAUAGAUGAUCAUGAAAGCAUUCCAUUCCGAAGUCCCUAUUUAAUAAUUGUUAUAUUAGUAAGGAUCAACAUCAAUAGUGACAUGGUUCUAGGAUAAAGUGGUGGAUCCGGAGAUUCACGAUUCGCCCAGCCCCCAAGUUUUGCUUUUGGACAUCGGAUAGGGGGCCAUCCUUCGGCAACGUCAUUCCGAAAAUUCGGGAGCUGCACCGCCGCACUCGCAGUACCCUAAGUACCUGGGCAUAUGUACCUAAAAUUAUUAGUCAUGGCAUAGAUCGUAUACUUGGAU